CUAUUUCAUUUUUCUAGAUACUGUAGUGCGAUUUUGAAUGUUGUCUCCUCUUUAAUGAGUCAAAUGUGAUGUUUUGUUUGAUAGAUACAAUUUAACUAAGCAGGACAACUUCCUGGUUCAGGAACCCGAGACCUAAACUGAACCUUGACCAUCGACCUCAACUAAUUCACACCGUAGACCUAAACUUAAGAUCAGAGGACUAAAUCAGCUGAGCUGUGAUGGCCAAGAGGAUUGCAGAAAAAGAGUUGACGGACAGGAACUGGGAUCAGGAAGAUGAAGGAGAGGAGGCAGGAAUGUUUUCAGUUGCAAGUGAAGAUGUGAUGAAGAAUCGUGCCAUCAAGAAAGCCAAGCGUCGUAAUGUAGGAGAGGGAGAGAGUGGAGGGGCUUUCAAAGCUUUUAAGGGGUUUUCUCUGACAUCGGCCUCAGGGACGUCGUCAUUCUCUGGCUUUGGUAAUGGCGCUGGUUUCAAACCUAUGUCCAGCCUGACCAAUGGCAGUGUGGCAUCAGUGGCUCCAUCUUUUGGAGGUUUUAACGUUCCCACAUCUGCUAAAACUAACAGUGGUCCCUUAACCUUCAACAGCUCCACCCCCUCCAAGCCCACAGAUGAUGUCACCUCUAAUGGCUCCGCCCCCAGCAGUAAAGAAUACAACCGGCAACUCACUGCUCUGAACUGCUCCGUGCGCGACUGGAUCACCAAACACGUCAACGACAACCCCCUAUGUGACCUCAACCCUAUCUUCCGUGAUUACGAACGACACCUUGCCAGCAUUGAGAGGAAAUACGGCAGCGGCACAUCAGACGGUGGGGUGGAGAAGCGGCUUCCUUUAAGCGUAGCGGCAACUUCUGUCUCCAGUUCUGCUGUGAGCGCAUCUGUCAGCGGUGCAGCAUCGCAGCCCUUCUCGUUUAAAGACAAGGAUGAUGCCGCUGCAGACAAACCAGCAGCUGCGGCUCCUCCAGGCAUCUCCUUUAAUUUCGGCCAGAAGGUGGACAGCUCUGUGCUUGGAGGGCUGGUGUCCAGUGGAGCGCCGUCUUUCUCCUUCUCCUCCUCCUCCUCUUCCUCCUCAUCCUCAGGCGUGUCUUUGUUUGGAUCAGCGGUCAGUAGUGUCAGUCCUGCAGUGUCAUCCUCUCUGAAUGCGGCCAGCAACAGCCAGACUGCAGAUGAAAAUGGGGAAGAAUCAGAGGAGCCGCCUGUUCCUGUGGUGAAAGAGAUCAAGGAGAAAGAUGCUUUCUACUCCAAAAAGUGUAAGUUGUUUUAUAAGAAGGACGGAGAGUUUAAGGAGAAAGGGGUCGGAACGCUGCAUCUGAAGAUGGUGGCUGAGAGCAAACUUCAGCUGUUAGUGCGAGCCGACACCAACCUGGGGAACAUCUUGCUGAACAUCAUGGUGCCCUCUUCCAUGCCCUGCUCACGAACUGGCAAAAACAACGUGAUGGUGGUGUGUGUGCCAAACCCUCCCGUGGACGACAAGAACCCCAGCACACCCGUCCCGGUGCUCAUCCGCGUGAAAACGGCAGAGGACGCAGACGAACUGCAUCAAAUCCUGCAAGAGAAGAAAGCCUAAAGCAUUGUCCACCCUCGUUCUUACGUGUUUGACUGAACGUGCCUCGCACGACUCACACAUUUACUCUGUCUGAUCUAGAACUGUUCUUUUGCGUCCCGUUAAUCGUUUAGACGAGUGAUGGAAACCAAUCGGUUCACCUACUGUGAAGUCACUCGUGGUCCUACUGUAAAUGCUGCUCAUUGUAUCAGACGGUUGAGAAGUCGAUCAAUAAUGACAGCGGCCACUUGUUAUAGCAAAGACACGAGACUGGAUUCAUCGACAUUCCUUUGAGUUUUAAUUUAGCUGCUAUUUAAGGAAUUUAGACAGAGCCGACUGUUUUAAGUGGAUUUUGAUUUGUUUUUAAUUCGGACUCAUUUUUCAGAGGCAAGCAUGUGUAAGAUCCCAUGGUUGCUGGAGGAGUUAUUUAGAGGUCAGUAUUACAUUGAAGAUCUUGACUUUUUUUUUUUUUUUUUAAGAACAAAAUAUGCAUCAGACUGUUUCCACUGCUCUAAUCAAAAAUAAUCCCCACAGUUCUUCAUAGGAGGAAGUGAUCAGAUAUACCUAGUUAUUUUUUAUAUGGCUCAUUUUCUCACAGUACUUGCUGUGAUGGUAUUUAUUUUGGUUGAGGGCAUGUGUGGAUGUUGUGUACAUUGAAUGACCUGAUGUAUGUAAACCACAGAACUGCUGAGGUUGAGAAUGAAUGCUGGCUUUUUGGCAAUCUGUCCUGAAGAUGACCUCUGGAAGUUUUGUUUUUGUUUUUUUUCCUGUAAGUGGCCUUUUUACUGCCUUACACAGUGAGGUAUGUGUUUAAAGUGUUGAGCAGCACUUGAUCUACCUUAAAUUCAUUUACUGGUGAAUAAAUCAACUGAACCUGACAA